UGUUUUGGUUGUGGGUGUAGCUUCACACAGUGAUGCUCAUAAAGACAGUGUUCAACCAAAUAGUGAUUACUCAAAAUCAUCAGAAUCCAAAAUUGAUGAAGUUGAUACUUUGAACCAGUCUGGUAAAGCUAUAAAAGCAACCACUAACCAACCAACUAUUGUUAUUGGGAAAAGCCCAACUAAUGCUGACAUAAGAAGUGCAACAUAUGAUAAAAAUUUUGAGGUAGAUACAAAGGAUGCUGAAAAGGAAGCCUCAAACUCUCAUGUUGGCAGUAAAGGAUCUCCUUGGUACAUGAGUGAUCCAUUUGCAAGAAUAGCUCCAAGGGCAAGGUCUGGACAGGAUGCUGAUGGCACCCUCACAACAUUUACUGAUGAUGCUAUCACUACAGACAUGGAUGAUGACAUGACUCUAGUGACUCCUGCCCCUGUAACAGGUGACCCUCAACGACCAUCAGAUGAAAUACAAACUACAGCUAACUUUCAUGUUACUACAGUGAUACAAGGCAAUGGUUCAACAGAUGUAGCUAUUACAACAGUGGAAACUUCACAAUCCAACUUUACCUCUCAAAUUCAUGAUGUAAUCAUAACAACAACAAAGAUCACACCAUCUGACAUGUCAUCUCCCAGCUCUCUGACUCAAGAAAAUAAUAUAACAAGAACUGAAAGAAUAGAAACCGCAUCAUUUGAUUCUUCACUUUCUCCUAUUAUGACUCAAGACAAUAAUAUCACAACUGCAGAAAGUAUACCAAUAGAGACCACAACAUCUGAUUCUUCACAUUCUCCUAUUAUGACUCAAGACAAUAAUAUCACAACUGCAGAAAGUAUACCAAUAGAGACCACACCAUCUGAUUCUUCACAUUUUCCUAUUAUGACUCAAGACAAUAAUAUCACAACUGCAGAAAGUAUACCAAUAGAGACCACACCAUCUGAUUCCUCACUUUCUCCUAUUAUGACUCAAGACAAUAAUAUCACAAGUACAGAAAGUACAGCAACAGAGACUACACCAUCUGAUUCCUCACUUUCUCCUAUUAUGACUCAAGACAAUAAUAUCACAAGUACAGAAAGUACAGUAACGGAGACUACACCAUCUGAUUCUUCAAUUUCUCCUAUUAUGACUCAAGACAAUAAUAUAACAAGUACAGAAAGUACAGCAACGGAGACCACACCAUCUGAUUCUUCACAUUCUUCUAUUAUGACUCAAGACAAUAAUAUCACAACUGCAGAAAGUAUACCAAUAGAGACCACACCAUCUGAUUCUUCACAUUUUCCUAUUAUGACUCAAGACAAUAAUAUCACAAGUACAGAAAGUACAGCAACAGAGACUACACCAUCUGAUUCUUCACAUUCUUCUAUUAUGACUCAAGACAAUAAUAUAACAAGUACAGAAAGUACAGCAACGGAGACCACACCAUCUGAUUCUUCACAUUCUUCUAUUAUGACUCAAGACAAUAAUAUCACAACUGCAGAAAGUAUAUCAAUAGAGACCACACCAUCUGAUUCUUCACUUUCUCCUAUUAUGACUCAAGACAAUAAUAUCACAAGUACAGAAAGUACAGCAACGGAAACCACACCAUCUGAUUCUUCACUUUCUCCUAUUAUGACUCAAGACAAUAAUAUCACAAGUACAGAAAGUACAGCAACGGAAACCACACCAUCUGAUUCUUCAAUUUCUUCCACUAUGCUUGCUUUGGUUACAACG